CAACUAAUUGGACGGCCUUUUUUUGUCGUAAACCAGCGAUUCUUGUGUUGGAACUAACACGCACACACACACACACACACACGUUCCUUUUAGCUCGGUCUGAAUUAGACUGCAGGUAGAACUUUGGGAGACUCGUUGAAAAAGUUGCGCGUUAGAAUGGCUCUCAGGCUGCUCAUCCUCUUCUCUUUGUGCUGUGUGACACUCAGUCAAGAGACCAAAGAUCCAAUCUCACUGGAGGACUGCUGUAAGGAUGGUAAAGAAAAGGCUGAAACGUUAAAGGACUGCAGCAUCAUCCCGCUCAUUUCAGAAUCGGCUACCUGCAGGAUAGCCCAGGAACAAUGCUGUGCAGCAUUUCUGGAGGAUAACACCUGUAAUACUGGUAUCAAUAUGGCCAAAAACCAGGGCAGCUGUGAUGCUCUUCUAUCCGUAAACACCUGUGAGACUAAAACCACUAAGGUUUGUUGCGAAUGCUGUUUACUGGGUCGUGAGGCUCAGAAACUUGGACUGAACUUUGACUUCAAACUCAGCUCUCAGUGUGGCUCGGUGUUUCAAACGUGUCGUUUGGAUAAAUCAGCACAGGGUGACAGCAACUCCACACAGGUUCUAGAAGGCAAUCACUUUGCUGAGGCACAAGUUCCAAGUAAUCUGUGCAGAGUCGGACCUGGGAACUGCGCUCACCAGUGUAUAGGAAAUAACACCUGUACCUGCUUUACUGGCUAUAAGCUGAAACCUGAUGGCAAAAACUGUGAAGACAUUAAUGAGUGUUUGCUGGGGGCUCAUCACUGCCGUCCUGGCGAGCGCUGUAUUAACACUCAGGGCUCAUUCCGCUGCCAGAGGGAGGUCAGCUGUGGUACAGGCUAUGAGCUCACUGACAGCAACAUGUGCAAAGAUAUUGAUGAGUGUGAGACAGGCACUCAUAACUGUCCUAUGGAGUUUGAGUGCCAGAACACGGCAGGGUCAUUCCGCUGUCGGCCCAAGGUGCAAUGUCCCGUCGGAUACAUACAAGAUGCUCUGGGCAGCUGCAUUGAUAUUAAUGAGUGUUUGAGUGUGACAGCACCAUGUCCAACUGGCCAGGUGUGUUUGAACACUGUUGGCUCAUACACAUGCCAAAGGAACUCUGUAACCUGUGGUCGUGGCUACCACCUUAAUGCUGAAGGCACACGUUGUGUGGAUAUUGAUGAGUGUGCUGGUAUGGAAGAUGUGUGUGCUGGUCAUAGCUGUGUUAACCUUGUGGGCUCUUACCGCUGCGAAUGCAGAACUGGCUUUAACUUUAAUAGCAUCGGAAGAGUCUGUGAAGAUAUCAAUGAAUGCCGGCACUAUCCUGGUCGUCUGUGUGCACAUAAAUGUGACAAUAUUCUGGGGUCCUACAAGUGCAGCUGCACCACUGGGUUCAAGUUAGCCAGUGAUGGAAGGAACUGUGAUGAUGUGAAUGAAUGUGAGAGCAGUCCUUGCAGUCAAGAGUGUGCCAAUGUUUACGGCUCUUACCAGUGCUACUGCCGCCGAGGCUACCAACUAAGUGAUGUGGAUGGAUCUACAUGCGAAGAUAUUGAUGAGUGUGCUUUGCCCACUGGAGGGCACAUAUGUUCCUACCGUUGCCACAAUACACCAGGCAGCUUCCACUGCACAUGCCCCAUUAAAGGAUACACACUUGCCGCUAAUGGACGCAGCUGCCAGGACAUUGAUGAGUGUGUGACAGGGACUCACACUUGUUCUGGUACCGAGAGUUGCUUUAACGUUCAAGGAGGAUUCAGAUGCCUGAAUUUCGAUUGUCCUUCCAACUACAGGCGAUCAAGUGAAACCAGACCGAGGGUCGAUCGCUCUGACAUCAUCCGUUGUAUAAAGUCUUGUCAACCCAAUGAUAUCACGUGUGUUCUGGACCCUGUACACUCUGUCUCCCACACUGUCAUCUCUUUGCCAACUUUUAGAGAGUUCACCAAACCAGAAGAAAUUGUUUUCCUGAGAUCCAUAACCCCAUCCCACUAUCCACAUGUGGAUACACCAGAGAUCGUCUAUGACAUUCAAGAGGGAAACGUCCAGAACUCGUUUGACAUCAUUAAACGUUUUGAGCAUGGCAUGGUUGUGGGUGUUGUCAGACAGGUGAAGCCCCUGAUUGGUCCUUUGAGCACAGUUCUGAAGCUAGCCAUGAAUUACGUCACAAAUGGAGUCAUCUCUCACCGGAACAUCAUCAACGUUCACAUAUAUGUCUCUGAAUUCUGGUUUUAAAUUGACCACACCUAGCCAUCAUUUAAAUGUCUGUUUUUGAGCCUUAAAUAUGCACUCUAAAAUUGUCAAAAUGUUUGCAUGCCAUAAGAUAAUCCAGAGUAUAAUAGGAAAUAAAAAUUAUUUUGAUCAUCUAGUUUAGACUACUCAUGAAGCAGCAUAACAUAUCUAUAUAUGUCAUAAACAAUAUCAUUAGAGUCACAUGGACUAGAUCUGACAUUAUGUAGCUAAUUACACCAUCAUCAAACAUCCUCAAACAUAUGUUGGAUUAUCCUGAUGAAAAGAAAAAGCAAAAGAGGAAAGAGGAACUCUAUACACUAAAUAGUCUACAUUGUUUAUAGAUUAUCUACUAAACAUUCACAGAUUCACAUGGUCACAGAUUUUUUAUAAAAUAGUCCUACACAGACUGCAAAUCAUCUAUUAGAACUAUUCUAACAUAAAGAAGGAAUUUGCUCCAUUGCUAUUUUUACUAUUUUUAAAUGUAUUUUUCUCGUUAUGAUGAAUUAUCUCAUUCACACAGAGGGCUUAAUUUAACAUAGCCAAUUCACUAACUGCCGGGGAAACCAGAGCGUAUGUACAUGGACAUUAGAAGAGAAUGUGAAACUCCAAACAGAUCCAAAGCUCAGGAUCAAAUCAUCAUACUAUAAUAAUAAUAAUAAUAAUAAUAAUAAUAAUAUGAGGAACAUUCACGUCAAACCAAGAUUUUGAAGUGCAGAAUAACCGAACACAGUUAUGAAAGUAAAAAACUCUCUUUAUUUCUGUAUAUAAUCCUCUUAUACACUAAUGCGCUUAUCCUAGUGUUUCACUAGUGCUUGGAUACCAUCAAGCCAGAAAGUCUCAGUAAGCUAGAGCCAUAAUCAGACUGCCUGCUUCAUGUCUAAAAUGCUGGCUCCCCAGGAACUCCUUUAAUGGCCCAAACAUGUGGAAGUUACUUCCACACAGAAAUGCUCACAGGAAUGACUGCAGUGAGCUCCAAGCCACCACAGCCAGGCUAGUCAUUCAUAAUUUAUUCUUUAAAAUGUUUGCACCAUGAAUUUUUUCUAGUGCAUCUUUAAGUCUCAUUGGCCUACUGUGCUUGAAUUCUUCUGUAAAUGUCAAUUAGUUUUACACCUUUAUUCACAAGAUCAUUACAAGUCCUGGUUUGAUUUUAAUUUCUUUUAAUAAUUGUGGUUAUUAUUAUUAUUAUUAUUAUUAUGUUUUAUUUUCCAUCUGUUUUAGGAAAUUAGACUAAAUCUCUGGGAGGAAAUGUAAUUAUUAUAUAUAUUUUUUUAAAUGCAAGUUGACCCAUGAUUGUAUGAACAACUAGCUGACUAUUCAUUUACUAACUGUACACUUCUGUAUACAACAGUUCAUUUAAUUUUGAAAACGUAUCAUUAAAAUCGUUAUUUCAAGUUGUUUCCUAAAAUAUUCCUAAGUUAAAUAAGUUAAGUUGUCUAAAAACAUGUAUUAAAAAAAAAAAAAAAAAAAAAAAAGAUUUCCUGGUAAAAAUGAGUAGUUCAAUUAUUACACAGGGUAACAAUUUGACCAUAAUUUUGUUAGGUUGUUUCAAAUAUUUACUAAUUCAAACGUUCCAUGUAACAUGGCUUGCUUUUCUGCAUAAAUAAAAGUCCUCUGUUUUUUCUCA